AUGCGGAGUGCCUUUCGCUCGCCUCUUACCGAGUUAGAUCCCACGAGGAUCGCCAACACCAUACGCUUUUUGGAACGAGCCACCGACAUUCGCGGUCUAGAACAUAAAAUUUUGAAGAACCUAAUGUUGGCAAGAUACUGGGAAAACCCCCCUACUCGAGAGACACGAGUAUUAAAGUCUCUAGGUCUAUUCAGCGAAGAGGAACGACUACGCAAAAUGGCUUAUGAGCAUUACAAUUUGACACUCGGACGCCUGAACGAGAGUCUGGGGACAUGCCUGAAGUGA